GACAAAUCUGAGUGGUUAAUCUCUCUUCCCCCCCUUUCCCAGCCUCGGGGGCUGGGGGGCGACGGAGGAGGGAGCAAGCACCAGCCCAGAGCCGGGCCAGGCCUCCCCGGGGAGGGGCUGAGGCAGCGGCUGGGCUGCGGGAGCUGCAUGGAGGAGGGGAGUUUCACAGACUCCUCUGCCCGGCCGGGAGGAGAAGGAGGAGGAGGAAGUUUGGAGAUUAAGCCGCUGCCCGGAGCUCGAGCGCACGGAGGGAGCCGGGGCGCGGCCACGGGCGCUGCGAGGGGGACACCCGGCCGGCGCCGCUGAAUGCGGGGCGGGGUAACCUCCCGCACUCCUGGCCCGCACCGUGCGCCUGGAUUUUCAGCGGGAGGAGGAGCGGUGGGCGAGGGCAGAAGACGGCGAGACGCUGCCGAAUGCCAGAGUUUCAACGGAGGAGAGGAGAAGUGACUCCAUUUUGCCCACCCUAACUGAUAUAUUGGGUGAGUGCUCUACCAGGUUUUACUAAGCCUGUGUCUGCAGAGAUGCCAGAUAAAACACCGGGUGCUACAGAGCCUGUGCCCAGAAGUGAAGAUGACUUCCACUUACCUCUUGAUGUUGUACCAGCUGUGACAGAGGCCCUUGACUCCAAGAAGAAGGGGGAAGAUUUGCACAAGGAGAGCAGGUCUUUCCGCUACUGUGAAAAAAACACCAUGGACCUGUCAGACAGUGACCGUCCUGUCAGCUUUAGUUCCACUUCCUCCUCUGCAUCCUCCAGGGACAGCCACUGCUCCUUUGGUAGCAGAAUGACCUUGGUUUCAAACAGCCACUUGGGUUUGUUUAACCAGGAUAAAGAAACGGGUGCCAUCAAGCUAGAACUGGUCCCAGCCAGGAGAUUUUCCAGCAACAAGACACGCAAAAACUCUGCUGUGGAGCAAGAGGAUCCUGAAGAAAGCCUUGAGAAAAAGCCAAGCAUGCCAAGGAAAGCAGAACCAAAAGGAGCAAGCAAAAACUGUGCAAUGUCCCUGGUCACAGAGCCCACCAGUCCGAAGCUCCUCUACGUAGACAGAGUCGUCCAAGAGAUUCUGGAGACAGAGAGGAUGUAUGUGCAGGAUCUAAAAAGCAUUGUCAAGGAUUACCUUGACUGUAUCACUGAUCAGACCAAGCUCUCCCUGGGAACAGAGGAGCGAUCGGCCCUGUUUGGAAACAUACGAGAUAUCUACCAUUUCAACAGUGAACUUCUGCAAGAUUUGGAAAACUGUGAAAAUGAUCCUGUGGCUAUAGCAGAUUGUUUUGUUUCCAAGAGUGAAGAUUUCCAUAUAUAUACACAGUACUGCACCAACUACCCAAGGUCUGUGGCUGUGCUGACAGAGUGCAUGAGGAACAAGGCACUGGCCAAGUUCUUCAGAGAGCGGCAAGAAGCACUGAAGCAUUCUCUGCCUCUGGGCUCUUACCUCUUGAAACCUGUCCAGCGCAUCCUCAAGUACCACCUGCUUUUGCACGAAAUAGAAAACCACCUUGACAAGGACACUGAAGGCUAUGAUGUGGUGCUGGAUGCCAUAGAUACCAUGCAGAGAGUGGCAUGGCAUAUAAAUGACAUGAAGAGGAAACAUGAACACGCCAUCAGGCUCCAGGAAAUACAGAGUUUGCUCACUAACUGGAAAGGGCCAGACCUCACGAGUUACGGGGAGCUGGUGUUAGAAGGAACGUUCCGCAUUCAGCGAGCCAAAAAUGAGCGCACGUUGUUCCUCUUUGACAAGAUGCUGCUAAUUACAAAAAAGAGGGAUGAAAUGUUUGCAUACAAAGCUCACAUACUGUGUGGAAACCUGAUGCUUGUUGAAGUAAUACCAAAGGAACCACUUAGCUUUAGUGUCUUCCACUACAAAAAUCCUAAGAUGCAACAUACUGUCCAGGCAAAGUCACAGCAAGACAAGCGCCUUUGGAUUCUUCACUUGAAGAGGUUAAUUCUAGAAAAUCAUCCUGCUAAAAUUCCUGCCAAGGCCAAGCAGGCAAUUCUCGAAAUGGAUGCCAUACAUCACCCAGGCUUCCACUAUAGCCCUGAGGGAGAAAUGAAAUCGUCUUACCAGCCUAAGGAAGGCACUGCUCCUCACAGAGUGAGAAGGAAAUCAGAACCCUCAUCUAGAGUCCAUAAAGUUUUGAAGUCAAAUGAUGUAAGUCCAGAUAUGCAGAAGCGGAUGGGCAUUGAAGGAGCCCUAUUAUCUCAAGCCACCAAACUAGGAUCAAGUGAAGCCUUGCUGAAUUCUAGGAAAAAGGUUUCACUGGAAUCCAGUGGGCUGGAAAGCCAGUUUCAAGAGUCUAUUGAACCGGCCUACAGUAGUGAUCAGGAUGAAAAUCUUCAGUCUUCUGCUACAGAACAGAUUGAUGCUGAUGACGAAGAAGAGUCUGAACAGUCACAGCAAAACUCACUGCAGAAAUCAAAAGGGGGAAGAAAAAGACUUAAUAGUCAAGCUGCUGAAAAUGUUGAAAAACGGAGAAGUCUCAAUCUCAAUAAAUGUGAAAUUCAGAACUCCAAGGACCCUUCAGAUGAAGAGUCCACCCAGCUGAAUACUGAUCUUCCAUUUUCCUGCACGGCUAGACAGCCGCCGUCUCCUAGACAAUUCAGCACACCCCAGAGCAACUCUCUGAUCAUGAAUAUCCUGGGGGGAAGUACCUCUGUCAGAAACAUUUGGACAGACCACCAGAUCAGGCAGGCAUUGUUUCCCAGCCGGCGCCCACCUUAUGAGAACGAAGAUGAUGAAGACGAUUAUCAGAUGUUUGUACCAUCAGCAUCUACAUCCAACACGAGUUCAGCUCCUGGUGGCGAAAGGAGGGGUUCUUCUGGGCGUCCAUGCAGCUGGCACUUGGGACAAGUGCAUCAAAACGAGACUCCCAGCCCCACUCGCCACAAAAUUGUUAGACGGGCCAGUAGUGCUGGUGAAAGCAACACACGUCCAGCCAGCACCAGGUAUAAAACAGGGGAGCAUGGUUCUCGAAGGGAAGUGAAGAUAGCAGAGGGGAGCAGUAGGAAUGCAUAUCCCGAAUCUUCAGAGGAGCUGACCAUCGAUGAUAUUGAACAUGUUUAUGAUAAUAUCAGCUAUGAAGACUUAAAGCUGAUGGGUCUGACAAGAAGGGAGGAGACACCCCAUGGUCCCCAGAGAUCUGCUAGAGACUCCCUGUAUGAGGCUGAAAGCAAAAGCAGAUCAGAUUCACCUUCCAAAAAGAGAACAUCAAAUCAAAAGAGGACCUCCAUUCAUGCUAGUCAGGAGGAGAUACUACUCAGUAAAGAAGCACCAACUUCAAGUUUGGAUGAGCUCAGGAUUGUUGAAGACAACAUCUAUGACACCAUACUGCUUCCAGAAACAUCACUAUUGAAUUUUAAAUGUGACUCCUUAAAAUCCUCUAAAAGGAGGAGUUUUUUGGAAAAAGACUUUGCAUAUUGUGACAAUCUACAACAUUUUGUUUCUGAGGAGAGCCUCCAGUUCAGUGAAGAUGAAAGUCCUUACCAUCGUGUUCCCAUUGACAAUGACUAUUUGAGUUUAGUAGAUAGCUCCUCCAACUCUGACUCGCUGUCGCAUAAGUCUGCCGCAGAUAAACUCUCAGAAGAAGUAGAUGAGAUUUGGAAUGACCUGGAGAACUACAUCAAGAAAAAUGAGGAAAAGACAAGAGACCGUGUCCUUGCAGCCUUUCCUGUUUGUAAAGAUGACAUGCAGGAAAGGCUGCAUGCUGGUAGCACACCUGAACUGAGUAAAGAUGUAGAGUACUCGCUGUCUACUCUCUCUCUGCCAGAAACUCCUAUUUUCCCUAAAACUGUGAAGCCCAGGGCUGCCACCAUAAGUGAGGCUAAUCUCAGGCUUGAAGACACUACACCAUGCAAGGAGAACUCUUUCAUGAGUUUGAACAGAUCUUCCUUCUCCAGUGAGAUGCCUUUUGUAGAUAGUCCAUAUGAACCUGCCAGUAGUGUUCUGUCCAGCGCACCUGCAGAGGGUGUGGAAAAUGACUUGGCUGUUAUGGAUAAAACAAAGAACAGAGUUUUUAUGAUGGCAAGGCAGUACAGUCAAAAAAUUAAGAAGGCUAACCAGCUUUUGAAAGUUAAAAGUCCAGAGCAGGAACAGCCAGCUAACAGACAACAGAAACUGAAACACAAAGAUCUUGCUGCUAUUCUGGAGGAGAAGAAACAAGGAGGUCCUGCUAUUGGUGCCAGAAUAGCUGAAUAUUCCCAGCUUUAUGACCAAAUUGUCUUCAGAGAGAGUACUCCUAAGGUCCAAAAGGAAGCUGGGGCCACUCCUCAGGAGCCAUCAGCUGGGAGGUUUUCCACACCCAUGGCCACAUCUCCUCCCCAUUCCCAGCCUGCCAGUGAGUGCUCAAGAGCAGAAGAUUGGCUUUUGCAUUCUACGUACAGUAAUGGCGAGCUGGCUGACUUCUCUCCAUGGCCUGAAUCCCAGGACCCAAAGUCCAAGAACUCGUACACAGAGGCUGGUACAAAAAGCAAUUCGAAGCAGUUGCCAUCAGCUGGCUCAGUGCCUUCCCUUCAGAUUUCCAACCGUUUGCAUGUCCCAGCGCAGAGGUGGAGCACCAUUAUAAGCCAACCAAACAAAGAGAACUUGCAUCAAGAUCGUGUCUAUAACUCACUGGGGAGGAGAGUAAGCAAUGUAAAACCGCAGGCAUACGGCAGGUCACAGUCCUCGUCCUCAAUUGUGGUCAACCGGUCUGGAGAAUCAAUUGUAUAUAAUAAUGAAAUUGAUAAGAAAAGGCUCCAUUUGAAUAGGAACUUUAGAUUCAACAGCCAUCAAACUCCAGGAAUUGCUUCAGGAUGUACAGGGCCGGAGAUGAGAAAGCAGAUCUCUGAAAACUGUUCAGAUAUGAUUCUGCAGGAUUCUCAAAAGGUGCUGAGAGUGAACAGAGCCUCCCCUCUGACAGCACAGAUGGCCACUCAGAACUAUUUUUUGAAUUUCAAAGAUUCUGAAGAAGGAGAAGGGGAUGAUGAUGACUACGUUGAAAUAAAGUCUGAAGAUGAGGGAUCUGACUUGGAGACUUCUCAGAACCAAACAAGGAAAUCAGAUCCUAAACUGCGUAACACAGAUGCUGUUCCUUCUGAAACAUUCUGUGGCAAAACUGUCUCCUGUACUCCUGCAAAGUCUGCCAGCAGCAAACGUGCACUUACCCCAUAUCUGACUGCAUACAGUGAUUCGGAUAAACUGAAUGAUUACCUGUGGAGAGUACCAUCUCCUAAUCAGCAGAAUAUUGUCCAGUCUUUAAGGGAAAAGUUUCAGUGUCUCAGUUCAAGUAGCUUUGCUUGAUGCUUUCAGUAAUUUCUAGCUGUACUGCCUUAUCAUGACAGAGUAUAUACUAGGACAAUCAGUACUGGCAUCAUGUAUUUCCGUAAUAUUACAGUAUCAGGCAUUGUAUCACAAUAAUAUUGUAAAUAGAUGUGAAAUGUAUCGUUUAAAAAAUGGUUUAGAAUCCUGGAUGUGAAAAAGGCCAAAUGCGCACUGUCUGGGGUCUCUAUGUAGCACAUGUGAACUUCUCAUCUCCUACUGAACCUUCACAUCUCUUCUUUGUUAGGUGUGAUACCCCCUGAUUCUUACCAUCGAACCAGGUGUGAUGCCAUUUGAUUCUUAAACCAUUUUAUCACAUGGAAACCCUGGUAUUUAGACUUUCCAGUUGGUGUCCAGUGUUCUGCAUCCAAAAUACCUGCGUGAUAUUACUCUGCUUACAUACAGGAGCAUUUAGCUGGGCAGCUGCUCCUGUGACUGUCCAGAUUUCUGAGCAGGGUUCUGGUUAUUACCCCAACAGGCUACAUGUGCAAUUGCACAUGCUUUUUGCACGUUACUUUUGCGUCAGACAGAUUCCAAGUGUGUGGGACCAAUGCAUAUGCUACAUUAUUUUAGAGCAAGCUUCUUACAUUUUAAAGAAAACCUAGUCCUAGUACUUGUGCCAGGCUGAUAGCUCUGUGUCUGAAGCCGCUUCUACUUUCUGGAACUGCGUAGGAGGCAGAAGAUGGGCAGUGGUGUCUUUUGUGUGACACAGUCCUUGCCUGGGGAGUGGUUUUGGCAUUAGAAGGGGAGCUGCACUGCUUGUGAAGAGGGCUAGACCAGUUUUGGUACCUCCAGUGAUGGUGGCGUUUGUGACAUGCAAGCAAAAUCUGAGUAUCUUGUAGAUCAGCAUCCAGCGGUCAAAAGCUGCUGUGCAGAGUUGAAGAAGCUGUGUGUUGUAUGCAGUGACCUGCUGGGCAUUUAUUCAAGUCCCAGUGUCAGUAACCCUGCGAGAGAAUGAGGCUUGGCCAGAUUCUUGGGUGAAAUACUAAUUGUGGGGCAUGUUUGGCCCAUAGAGUGGUUUGGUGAUAGUGCUGUUUGAGUGACAAGCUGCAGUCCCCAGGGCAUGCAUCUCCUGUAGCAGGAAGUGACCCUUCCUGACAGAGAGCAGUAAAAGAUACAUUUUGUAGAUCAGUCAGGGCUGACUCUAAUCCAAUUUAUGUACAAUAAAAAGUAGCUUAAAAAUGAGAAUACAUUCCAUUCUUUUGCAAAUAAUGUAUAGAAUAAAUGCUGCCAUUUAGAGCAAGGACAGGCUUUCCAAUACUACGUACUCCCCUUCAUCGUCAUUGUUGCACAGCUUUGGAUUCUGUUACUUGAAAACAUUGUACCGAAAGGAAAGCCUAGAUACAUCUACACUGAUCAUCUUGUGUCACUGUUGUUCUUUUUUGGUGCUUACAUUCUUCAGAUUACAUGGAUAAAGCCAGUACCGAGUUAAACAUAUCAAUAAACAAAGGAAUUUCAUUGAAAUACUAUUUUUACUAACCACUUAUCACUCCCCUCAGUUACAGAGCACUGUACUUCCAGAACAGCUGAUUAUUUACAACACUGGUUACCAUGAGGAAAACCUGAAGUCAUCAGUGUACAGCUAAUUACUUGUAGACUAAGAUUUGAGGACUUGAAUUUAUUAGAACCGACUAAAUUAUUUACCACACCUAUCUUGCAUUGGCUAGGAGUUGUUAUUUUGAGGGCUGGUUGGUCACGGUACUUACUAGCUCAUACCACAGGGAUACUUGUUACAGUCAGCACACCCCCUGUGAUAGGACCCCUAUCUAUCUAGUAAAAUCCGACUGAGAAAUAAUGUUGUACAUAUUUAAGACGCCGAGGUGUAGCAGAGCCCAUAUUUAUUUAAUAUAGCUUGUAAAGUAUUGUAAAUAUGGAUAGAAGGUGAAUCUGUGGGCGCACAUCUAGAUUUGUUUAAACGGCUUUAGGAGAAUGUUUAACUCGCAUCUCAUGCAAUCAAUGGAGUUGGGAGGGAGGGGAAAACAACCAACCAAUCAGAAAAAGGGACUUCUACUAGUAUUGUAACUUCUCCCAGGGACCAUUUCAUACUAUUUUUAAUAAACGUUGAGUAUGCAAAA